AUGGGUUCCUCUCUAUGCGUCAUCUCUCCUCAAGUGGCCAGGCUCUUCAACGGGACACACCCUGCCAUUGUCAUCCAGACAGUCAGCUCCACCCCCCGACCUUUAGCACACUCUGCUUUUGAGACCUUAUGUGUCUUGGUCACAAUGAACCUGACCUCCAGCUCCGAUCCUGUCUACUUCCUUACCAGCAGAUUUCCUGAUAAGAGAGACCAGCCAGAUACCAUCAUCACAGCUGACUCUGCUAUCUUAGGUGGCUCCUACCAGAGUAUGGGCAGUUCAGCAGAUAACAGAACAUUAAUGCUCCCUGCAGAUGAGUUUAAUCCAUUAGGAGGGCAUACUAUCUGGCAGGUCAUCAUAAUUGUCCUCCUCACUGGAUCACUUUCUCUUGUCACUAUUGUUGGCAACAUCCUAGUGUUGGUGUCAUUCAAGGUAAAUAAGGCACUGAAGACAGUGAACAAUUACUAUCUGCUGAGCCUAGCCUUUGCUGACCUGACAAUUGGAACGCUGUCAAUGAAUUUGUAUACCACCUACAUUAUCAUGGACCAGUGGGCCCUGGGGCCAGUUGUUUGUGACCUGUGGCUUGCAAUAGACUAUGUGGCCAGUAAUGCCUCUGUCAUGAAUCUGCUAGUCAUCAGCUUUGACAGGUAUUUUUCUGUGACCAGACCACUGACUUACCGGGCCAAACGAACAACCAAGCGGGCUAUGACCAUGAUUGGAUUAGCCUGGUCAAUCUCUUUUAUUCUUUGGGCCCCAGCCAUUCUUUUUUGGCAGUACAUCGUGGGUGAGCGGACAGUACAGCCAAAUGAGUGCUAUAUUCAGUUCUUGUCUGAGCCUAUAAUUACAUUUUGUACAGCUAUUGCUGCCUUCUACUUGCCAGUAACUAUUAUGGCAAUCCUGUUCUGGAAGAUCUAUCAGGAGACAGAGAAGCGAGCUAAAGAUGUACAGGGUCUCAAGGGAUCUGGGUCAGGGAACAGCGCAAAUCAGGCUCCAAAUGAAGGGGGUAGUAGUGGAAAAGAAGGUAUCACCAUGAAAGACGCUGCAGUGGCCAAACGCUUUGCCUCCAAGGCCAAGACAGAGAUCAGCAAGCGCAAGAACGAAAAAAAGGCAAAUGAGAAAAAAGCUGCAAGGACACUUAGCGCCAUUCUGUUUGCCUUCAUUACAACAUGGUUACCAUAUAAUAUCAUGGUUUUGAUCAAUACUUUUUGUCAGGACUGUAUCCCUGAAACUCUCUGGGCUCUGGGCUACUGGUUGUGUUAUGUUAACAGCACAGUCAACCCUAUGUGCUAUGCCUUAUGUAACAAGACCUUCAGGACAACGUUUAGAGAUAUUUUAAUGUGUCAGUGGAAUCAAAGAAAGGACAAGCCUCAUUUUUAUCAGAGACAGGCUGUGGUAUUCCAUAAGAAAGAGCCCAUGUAG